CAAAUCACAAAUGUAAACAUGGCGAAGAAAAAGCGAACACGUGCAGAUGUUGAAAAGGAAGAAAAGGCUUCUCAGAAAGAAAAUGAUGUGCACUUACCCACCACAAUAUCUUCAGAUGAGCCACUUCCCAAACUUAAAAAAUGGAUCAACAAAGAGAGGGUUCUUGUAUUUUCUUCUAGAGGUGUAUCUUACAGAGCCAGACAUUUGAUGAAGGAUUUGAGAACUUUAAUGCCACACUCAAAAGCAGAAAGUAAAAUGGACAAGAAAGACCAGUUGUUUGUUGUGAAUGAGAUCUGUGAAAUGAAAAACUGCAAUAAAUGCAUAUUCUUUGAAGCAAAGAAAAGGAAAGACUUGUAUAUGUGGAUAGCCAAUGCUCCCAGAGGACCCUCUGCAAAAUUUUUGGUAGAAAAUGUACACACAAUGUUAGAACUGAAAAUGACUGGUAAUUGUCUUAAAGGAUCCAGACCACUUUUGUCCUUUGAUAAGAAUUUUGAUACAGAACCACACUGGAAUUUAUUGAAAGAAUUAUUUACACAGAUCUUUUCAACGCCAAACUAUCAUCCUAAGAGUCAACCAUUUUAUGACAAUGUUUAUACAUUCUCCAUACAUGAUAACAGAAUAUGGUUCAGAAACUAUCAAAUUUUAGAGGAAGAUGGAUCUUUGGCAGAAAUAGGGCCUAGAUUUGUUUUGAACCCAAUAAGGAUGUUUAGUGGAAGUUUUGGUGGUCCAACUCUGUAUCAGAAUCCUACAUAUGUAUCACCAAAUGAGUAUAGAAGAUCUUUGAAGCAGAAAGUUGCUAUGAAAUAUAUCAAUAAACUGAAUGCCAAACAAUCAAGAAAAGAUAGAUAUUUACCAGACUCAUAUAAAAUGGAUCCUACUGAUGAAGUGUUUGUAACAAUUAGACCAGAGGAUGCAAAAGGAGCAGACAAAAAUACAUUUUAUAGGGUUACUUGAAUAAAAAUUCUCAAAUGGUAACAAUGUUUUUUGUGUCUGGACAUUGAAUGAAAGGGUCAUAGCCAU